AUUGUCUUGAUGUCAUGUCUUAUUGAAUAGUGAAUUGGGACAUAUAAUAAGUUCAGAAGUAUGCAUCUUCCUACUUGAAUGCAGUUUUCAGCUUCAAUAAUUUUGGCCCUUCUUCUGUAAGAUGUAGGCUGUGAAAAAUGUCUCAUUCAGAUAUGGUAGGUGGACUUGCUUCAGUUGACAGCAACUACUCUGAGGAAAUUGAAGAUGAUGAAGACUUGAAAACUAAUGGUGCCAUGGUACCUAAUACUGUUUAUAAAGUUGUGCCUUCAGAGUGUGGUAUGAUAGAAAAGGUCAAAAGUGAGGAUGAACUCAGUGAAACUGUGCCUAAGGAUGAUGAUAGUUCUGUGAUGGAAUCAAAUCAAGAAGCUGACAGUGUGAUGCAUGAUGACAGUACAACAGAGUCCCAAGUAGAUGAGGUGUUUCCUGAUCCUUAUAAUAUCAAUAAUGAUAGGUCAUUUGAUGAGGAACUCUCAUACAAGCCUUUAGAGAUUAGAAAUGGUAUUGUCAAAAAGAGUAAUAAGAAGAAAAAGUUGUCAAGUGGGCCAGGACGAGGACGACCCAGAAAGGCUCUUGUAACCAUGUAUCACAGCCAAAUUAGUGGAGACAAGAAUACUAUAAAAAUCAGGAUCAAGAAGAGUAACUUCUGUGCUCAGAUACCACCAAACAAAAAGAAAUCUGGAAGACGGAAAAAGCACAAGGCAGCAUCAGAUACUGACGCCUCAGAUUACGAGAAGAAACCAAAGCGUACCAGACCAAGUACAGCUGAUAAUGAUGUUUCCAGUACUCAGGAGUCAGAACUGUUGGAGCAGAGUGCGUGGGGAGAUCCAGCUAGGCUUCCUGAAGAAAUUCUUCAUAAAAUAUUUGAUAAUGUUGUGGCCCAAGAAGGAAGUCUUCCUUCUUUAGUAAGGCUUGCAAUGGUUUGUCGAUUAUGGAGAGAUGUUUCGAUGCGACCAUCACUCUGGUUUAAGGCUGAUUUGAACUAUGUCAAGGAAAGAUAUAAAACUGAUCUGAGGUUACACUGGCUUAUACUCAAUAGGCUCGUCGAGUGCCAAGAUAUUACUAUGGGUGAAUGGAAAAUUCGUGAUAUUCAGGCCUUUCUAGAGGCUCUGUGUGAGCAUUGUACUAAACUGAAGGGACUGAAUUUGAGUGGUUGGAAGGGUAUUACACCUGAUCAUCUGAAAUACCUUAGUACUGAGUGUAAAACUCUUGAACGGUUAGAUUUGUCUUCUGUUAAUUCCACUUCAGCCAUAAAUGCACAACCUUUGGUCAACUUGAGCCAGACCAUGGCGUCUCGACUGGUUCACUUGGUGUUGGCCCAUAAUAAAAUUGCCAAUUUUACACAAAUUAUGGUGGCUAUAUCUUCAAAUUGUCCCAAUUUGCAACUACUAGAUUUGUCCAAUGUCAGAACAUUUGCUCACAAUAUGUCCCUUCUCCACAUUGAGAAACUGCAAAUUGGGUGUCCUAAGUUGAGAGUGCUUCGUAUCACCAAUAGCCAAAUUUGGUUAGCACCAGCAAGUUUAACAGAGCAGGUUGCUUCUCCCGGUUUCCCGAUGCUUGAAGAGUUGUCUUUAGCUGGCCUAGAAGAUGACCAAACCACAACGUCACGGUUAGUGGAUGACGAUUGUAUCGAACGGCUACUCAAGAGCAGUACAAAGUUGCGGCUUUUAGAUGUUAGAGGGUGCAGCAAGCUUACUGAUUCUGGGUUAGUCAGAGUACCUGCCUGGGACUUGGAACAUUUGUUUUUGAGCGCAUGUUAUAUAACCAGACUACAAAAUGCUGGGUUGGAACUGAUUGUUCAAAAAUGGUCCCACAGUCUGUUGGAAGUUGAUUUAGCCUGGAGUACUGCCACAGCCCCUCUAGAUGCAGCUGUAUUUGCUCUAGCAGAAAAAGGACCCGAAUCCAAACUGAGAAUUAUAAACCUUUGUGGGUCUUCUGUGAGCCUGGAACCAGUGAAAGAUAUCCUCAAGAAGUGCUCCAAUCUACGUUCAAUUAAUCUUCAAUCAUGCAGAGCAUUGCCUCGCGGCAUAAAACGUCUCUAUACUGGUUGCCAAGUUGACGAACUGAGAAAAAGUUUGGAAGAUAAGCCAAAGACUGAAGUGAGUGAAUCAGAUCAUGAACGUUCACCUGUUCAGACUACAUCUUCACCUCAAAAUCAAUGAUUUUAGAGAAUGGUGAAAAUAUUUCUACUCAGUACUGUGUAGAACUGGACAUACAAUUAGAUUAUUUUGUCAUUAAAUGUAUAUAACUUCAAAUAAAAUUAUUAGAUUAUCCAAAAUCAG